CGGCCCGGCGGCGGGGCGGCGGCGGCGGCGCCAUGGAGCCGCGGAGGUGAAGGACCGCAUCCUGGAGAACAUCUCGCUGUCGGUGAAGAAGUUGCAGAGCUACUUCGCCGCCUGUGAAGACGAGACCCCCGCCAUCCGGAACCACGACAAGGUCCUGCAACGUCUGUGCGAGCACUUGGACCACGCCCUGCUGUACGGCCUGCAAGACCUCUCCUCUGGCUACUGGGUGCUUGUGGUGCAUUUCACCCGGAGAGAGGCCAUCAAACAGAUCGAGGUGCUGCAGCACGUGGCCACCAACCUGGGGCGCAGCAGGGCCUGGCUGUACCUGGCGCUCAACGAGAACUCCCUGGAAAGCUACCUGCGGCUGUUUCAGGAGAACCUGGGUCUGCUGCAUAAAUACUACGUCAAGAAUGCCCUGGUCUGCAGCCACGAUCACCUGACUCUCUUCCUGACCUUGGUGUCUGGGCUGGAGUUCAUUCGAUUCGACCUGGAUCUGGACGCUCCAUACUUAGACUUGGCCCCCUACAUGCCCGACUACUACAAACCCCAGUACCUGCUGGACUUCGAAGACCGCCUCCCCAGCUCGGUGCAGGGCUCGGACAGCCUGUCCCUCAACUCCUUCAACUCCGUCACCUCCACCAACCUGGAGUGGGAUGACAGCGCCAUCGCCCCAUCCAGUGAGGACUUCUGCGUUCAUUUGAAAAACUGGCGGUUUCUCCACCUUCACCCCCACGUGGGAAACGAGAGCUCUUCAUUUACUGCACCUGCCUCACCUCCAGAUUAUGAUUUUGGAGAUGUGUUUCCAGCAGUGCCGUCUGUACCCAGCACAGACUGGGAAGAUGGAGACCUCACGGACACGGUCAGCGGCCCCCGCUCCACUGCUUCCGACCUGACCAGCAGCAAGGCUUCCACCAAGAGUCCCACCCAGCGCCACAACCCCUUCAGUGAGGACCCAGCAGAGACGGUGUCCUCCUCCGACACCACCCCUGUGCACACCACCUCUCAGGAGAAGGGGGAACCCCACACUCUCGACCUGCCGGACGCCUGCACAGAGCUCGAAGUCAUUAGGGUCACGAAGAAGAAGAAGACCGGCAAGAAGAAGAAGGCGAGGUCGGAUGAGGAGGCUAGCCCCCUCCACCCCUCCUCCACCCAGGACGGCUGUGCCCGCCGCGGGGGGGAUGGUGACAGCCUUGUCAGCAGCCCAGGCCUGGGGCGGGCGUCCCCGGACGCCACCUUUACGCCCCCCCAGGAGGAGGGAGAGGGGCCCAGCAGCACAGCCGAGAGCAGCGAGCUCUCGGAGCCCGGCCCGGUGGGCCUGCUUAUCCCCGAGAUGAAGGACACGUCCAUGGAGCGCUUGGGGCAGCCCCUGAGCAAGGUGAUCGACCAGCUCAACGGGCAGCUGGACCCCAGCACCUGGCGCUCCCACGCCCAGUCCCCAGACCAGUCCUUUCGGGCCGGCUCUCCCGGGGACGCCCCGGAGAAGCCACCAUGUUGCGACUUUAGUGAGGGGCUUCCAGCCCCCAUGGACUUCUACCGCUUUACCGUCGAGAGUCCAAGCACUCUUACAUCAGGUGGCAGCAACCAUGACCCUGCAGGGCCUGGCCAACCGCUGCAUGUUCCUGGUAGCCCUGAGACUGCUGGCCAAGAAGAGGGAGGAGGAGGAAGAGAGGGACAGACGCCUGGGCCCCUAGAGCGCGCCCCGAGGGAGGCCGGGGGGCCAGAGCCCCGGGAACUGGACCCUGAGUCGCCCCUGGUCCGGGAGGGGCCUGUGCCUGAACCGGAGCCGGGGGCCCGCGAGGCUCUUUGCCAGCUCAAGCGAGACCGGCCCAGCCCGUGCGUGAGCAGCGCUGAGGACUCUGGGGUGGAUGAGGGGCAGGGGAGCCCGUCGGACACGACCCACUCGGCAGAGUUCAGAGUGGACAACAAUCACUUACUCCUGCUGAUGAUCCACGUGUUCCGAGAAAACGAAGAGCAGCUCUUCAAAAUGAUCCGGAUGAGUACCGGGCACAUGGAGGGCAACCUGCAGCUGCUCUACGUGCUGCUCACAGACUGCUACGUCUACCUGCUUCGGAAAGGGGCCGCGGAGAAGCCAUACCUGGUGGAAGAGGCUGUUUCUUACAAUGAACUUGACUAUGUGUCGGUGGGCCUCGACCAGCAGACGGUGAAGCUGGUGUGCACCAACCGCAGGAAGCAGUUUCUGCUGGACACGGCCGACGUGGCCCUGGCCGAGUUCUUCUUGGCUUCUUUGAAGUCCGCAAUGAUCAAAGGCUGCCGGGAACCACCUUACCCCAGCAUCCUGACUGAUGCCACCAUGGAGAAGCUGGCACUGGCCAAAUUUGUGGCCCAGGAGUCCAAGUGUGAGGCCACUGCUGUCACCGUGCGCUUCUAUGGGCUUGUACACUGGGAGGACCCCAUGGAUGAGUCCCUGGGUCCCGUCCUCUGCCACUGCUCACCCCCCGAGGGCACCAUCACCAAAGAAGGCAUGCUGCAUUACAAGGCAGGCACCUCCUACUUGGGCAAAGAGCACUGGAAGACUUGCUUCGUGGUACUCAGCAACGGGAUCCUCUACCAGUAUCCUGACCGCACCGAUGUCACCCCUCUGCUCUCGGUGAACAUGGGGGGGGAGCAGUGCGGUGGCUGUCGGAGGGCCAACACCACGGAUCGGCCCCACGCCUUCCAGGUCAUCCUCGCCGACCGGCCGUGCCUGGAGCUGAGCGCCGAGAGCGAGGCUGACAUGGCCGACUGGAUGCAGCACCUGUGCCAGGCUGUGUCCAAAGGGGUCAUCCCCCAGGGGGUAACUCCCAGCCCCUGCAUCCCCUGCUGCCUAGUGAUCACCGAUGACCGCCUCUUCACGUGCCACGAGGACUGCCAGACUAGCUUCUUCCGCUCCUUGGGCACAGCCAAGCUGGCCGACAUCAGCGCCGUCUCCACCGGCCCUGGCAAGGAGUACUGUGUCUUGGACUUUUCCCAGGACAGCCAGCAGCCUCUCCUGCCCUGGGUCAUCUACUUGAGCUGCACGUCUGAACUGGACCGGUUCCUGUCUGCGCUGGGCUCUGGGUGGAAAACCAUCUACCAGGUGGACCUGCCCCACAAGCCCAUCCAGGAAACCUCCAACAAGAAGUUCGAGGACGCCCUGAGCCUCAUCCACAGCGCCUGGCAGCGGAGCGACAGCCUCUGCCGCGGCAGGGCCUCCCGGGACCCCUGGUGCUGAGGCGGCGCUGGCUGGCGUCCGUGGCCAAGAAACGCAGGCCGAGCAGCACCCGCCGUCAUGCUCUGUCAUCGUGCCGCUCGGGGCCAGGCUUCCACCCCUGUUCCAUAGCCUGCUCCCGCCCUGGGGGACAGAACCACCAACCGGGGCUUGAGACAGGGUCCCUCUCCUUCCAGGGAUGCAGGAUGGGUGCUCCACACUCUUGGGCGUCCCGCCCGGCCAGUGGUGACUGGAGAGCGCUGGGGCAGAGGGUCUGAGCCCUAUGGGCUCUGCAUACGCACGGCAUAUACAGAUGCAUGUGCAUCUCUUCGGGAUGGCAGCGAGAGUAACAUCCACUCUGAGGGGAGCAGAAGGACCGGGGGGCAGGAGUCCCUCUUCCUCUCCUGGGUCAGCGGUCUGGGCCGAGGCCCGGCCACCUUGUUCACGCUGGAACACUCAGCUGGCUGCGCAGGGAAGCCGGACACUAGGCUGUCAGUGCAUGUCCCCUCCUCACUAACUAUCCCCAGGCACACUGCCGCCUGCCCGGCCAGGGCCUACAGCUGGGGGGGUUCAGGGCCAGGCGGCCCCUCCCUGGCUGCCCAGAGGCCCUGCAUGUCCACGGCUCCUGCCUCUCCCCAAACCGCAGUGCCAGGAGGACCCAGGAGGACCCAGGAGUCAGGCCGCUCCUGCUGGGAGAGAAGGGAGGGCUUGGAGAGGAGCAGAGCCCAGCGGCCCGGGGUCCCCGUGCGUGCCUCCUGACCACCCCCUUGCUUGGCUGGAGCCGGGCCCUCUGGGGGAAGGGGUCAGAUGGUCUGGGUUUUGUUUUUUAAAAUAAAAUAGACAUGUUAUAUUGCCAA